AUGGCGAUGCUGAAGGCCGGUCCAGGUGGUGUAAUCUCGAACGCCAUAGACAUGUCGAAAUGCGGUGUGGCUGUUAAUAAGGGUGUGCACGACAACGUUACAGUCAUACCGCUGUCUGUGCAUGGAAAUGCAUCGCAGUCGUACUCCGUAUCUAUCAACGCCCCAGAUGAUUCUGAACACUCGAUUCAGGGGUAUGGGAUGGGAUGGUUCCGAAACUCGUACCUCGGACAUGAUGUCGUAUAUCACUCGGGAUCAAUUCCAGGUCUCUCCACGCUGGUCUCAUUCCUUCCAGAUGAUGAUGUUGGAGUUGUAGUUUUUGCCAACGGGGGCGAUCGAGCAACGCCUGUGAUGAAUAUCUCUAACCGCAUAAUUGAUGCUGCUCUGCACCUGCGGUCGCAGCCUUCACCGUUGAUCAUGCCUGAGAAGAAAGCAAUCACGCCUCAACAUGAAGGCGUCGUUGGCUUGCAGCUUGCAGUCGAAGCAUUUUCGGGCACAUACGCCAACCCCGGAUACGGCGUCCUCUCCUUUUGCAGUCCCUCCAGCAGCUCCUCGUAUUGUCGAGAUGUGAUCUCCGACUUCACUGCAGUGGAUGCAGCACAGUCAAGUGCUCCUAAUUCGCCUCAGCUGCUCGCAGCCUGGCCUCGCGUAUGGGCAUCUCAUAUUCGGGCUGUGCAUCAGUCUGGAAAUACGUUCUCGGUGCAGUACACCUCGUUGUUCCCUGAAGGGUAUGGCGAGACAGUACGCCAUUCGAGACAGCGGAAAUAGGGACGUCCCAGGCUACAGCAGAGUUUGUCGUGGAAGAUGGAAAGGUUGUUGGGUUUGGCUUGGUCGGGCUGGUUGGUCAACUCACGGAGAGGGAGCGAACACAUACGACUGUGAAAGACCGAGCUGAAGUGUGGUUCGAUAAGGUAUAGUGAUACAGAUACUUUCAAAUGUACAACAGACAGCUUUCAGCCUCUCCUACAACAUAUCGUGGGGGGAGCUGCGAGGCGAUGACAGUUACCAGUUUCGUUGUCCAAA